UAUUACUUUCGGGUGAAGUAGAAAUUGCGCGGUGGGCAACUCUUUCCAAUAUAACUUUGUUAUUAGCUGUAGCUAUAGAAUUUCACAGGUAUGGAGGCUCAACGUGAUGGCGAAGCGCACAGACACUAUUACCUUGCCGUUGAUCGUCAACAAUUUAAAUUGGGGACUUUGGUUGAUUUGUUAGAUGUUAUCGGUAGGAGAUCUGGAUUGCCUAUUGUGCUAUGCUGCAGUUCUCGAGAUGGUCUUGAUGCUGUUUGUGCAACUAUAUCUAGCCUGCCAUAUAUAUCUUUAUCUUGUCUACACAGUGAUUUGGCUGAAGUUGACCGUGCUUCACAUAUAGAAACCUUUCGACGGAUUACUCUAGAAUGGCUGUUGAAGAAUGGUGUUGAGGCAAAAGAAUAUGAAGAAAAUAUCAAGGGGCAGAAUUCUUACAUGCUUGUCAUGACUGAUUCAUGCCUGCCAAUGCAAGCGCUUGGGGAAGCACCAUUUUCUGCUAAAAUUUUAAUAAAUUAUGAUCUUCCUACUAAAAAGGAAGCAUACAUGAGGCGUUUGGCAGCAUGCAUGGCGGGUACCCAUUUUCCAAGUACCAACAAAUUAAUUGGAGUGACAAUCCCAACAUUGACUACAUCAAGCACUUCCACCAUAAAUCCAUCUCAUGGGGCCAUUGUUAUAAAUAUGGUUGUUGGAGGAGAAGUAGUAAGUCUAAAAAAUAUUGAAGAAGGAUGCGGCCUUGUAAUAGAAGAAAUGCCAAUUCAUAUCUCUGAGCUACUCUGACUAGAAAUUGGCACUAUGCGCUUAAUUAUCAAGCAUAAUGGCGUCCUAUAACUACAUACAUGGUAUACAUUGCAAUAGUACACUGCUGACACUAAGAUUAAGCUGACAGCAUUGAUAUCACUGUCAGACACGUUUUGCAUCACAUGUAGAGAGAGGGAGAUUGUUAACGUUAAAUGAAAUCCCAUCACCAGAAUAUGGCACUGUAUUAAUUAAUUUUGGUAAUUAGUGUGUCCCGUGGAAAUGGGUUAUCACUCCUGUUUUCGUUGUGUGCCAUGAAAUUUGCUUACCAUUGCAGAAAAUGGAAUCUGAGCUAGUUACCUGGAGCAACUAUUUUUAGGACAGGUUGUGAGCACAACCCUUGGAGAGGGGAACUGAUUUUGCAGCAUCGACUUUAAUAGAUUAUUGCCAAAUGAAAAUUUAUAUAUCAUAAAAGCAAUUUAAGGUAAUACCGAGGGACCAAAAGUUCGAUCGUCUAUGGGACCAUUUACUGCAAGAGGCUCUUUUCUUGACAUAACUAUUUAUCUUCCUGUUCUACUUCACUUUGGUCUUGUUCUAAAUACUUUGUGUUGACAUCCA